CCAGCCAUCUGGACGCUCAUCCCGGUCCUUGGCAUCCGCGUCCAGCGCAUCCACCUCGGACUCGCCCAGUUCCUUGCAGAAGCAUGCCGCAGCUCAACGGAUUUUCCUGGAUCUUCCUUAUCCUUAUAAUUCCUUCUAUCCAGGCUGCGUACGAUCAUUAUCGGUUGCCCACUGCUCUGGAGCCUCUACACUAUAACCUGCGAAUCCUCACUCAUUUAAAUAGUACAGAUCAAAGGUUCGAAGGCUCUGUAAAAAUCGAUCUUUUAACGCGAGAGUCGACCAAAAAUAUCACUUUGCAUGCGGCAAACCUGAAGAUAGAUGAGAAUCGUACGUCAGUGAGCUCCGACCAGGGAAAAAACGACGUUACUAAAAUCGAAAUAAAUGAGGUUUAUAAUUUCUACAUCCUGCACUUAUGUCAGGAACUGGAAAAGGGUCAGAUAUACCAAUUGGAAAUGCACUUUGAUGCAAGGCUAAAUGAUUCGUUAAGUGGCUACUACAAAAGUAAUUACACCGAUGAGAAUACCAAAGAAGUUCAUAACCUAGCAGUCACCCAAUUCUCGCCUACGUUUGCCCGACAGGCAUUUCCCUGUUUUGAUGAACCGUCCUGGAAAUCCACCUUCAAUGUGACCCUGGGCUAUCAUAAAAACUUCACGGGUCUGACUGGUAUGCCUAUCCUUGGAUGUCAAGAUCAUGAUAGUCUCGAAAACUACAUUUGGUGCGAUCACGAGCAACUUCUGAGGACCUCGACCUAUUUAGUAGCAUAUGCUGUUCAUGAUCUGAAAAAUGCAGCCACCGAGGAAAGUCAGACCAGCAAUAAAGUAAUCAUUCGCAACUGGAUGCAGCCAAAGUUGCUGGAUCGCGAAAUUAUUUCCAUGGAAAUGGCACCCAAGCUGCUUUCCUUUUAUGAGAAUCUUUUUCAAAUCGAUUUUCCUUUGGUGAAAAUCGAUCAACUCACUGUACCCACUCAUAGAUUUUCGGCAAUGGAAAACUGGGGUCUGGUCGUCUACAACGAAGAUAAGUUGCCGGAAAACCAGGGCGUUAAUCUGCAGCAACAGAAGGAUCGUACUGCCGAAACGGUGGCCCAUGAGUAUGCGCAUCAGUGGUUUGGAAAUCUAGUCACUAUGAAGUGGUGGAACGAUCUCUGGUUGAAGGAAGGUACAUCCACUUAUUUCUCCUACUUGGCCCUAGAUUCCUUGCAACCUGAUUUGACUAGGGGUGAGCGAUUUAUAGCUUUGGAUUUGGGAACGUUUUUUGCCAUGGACUCGGGGGGUACUGUGCCAGCCAUCUCCAAGGAAGUGAAGAACUCUUCACAGAUACUCGGACAGUUUACAGAGUAUGUUUAUAAAAAGGGAGCACUUACCAUCCGCAUGUUGCACAAGCUGCUUGGAGAGGAAUCCUUUUUCCAAGGCAUUCGUUCUUUUUUAAGGAAGUACUCACUGGGAAAUGUGGAUCAAGGAGAUCUUUGGCAGUCUCUUCAGGAGGUAUCAAAGCUAAAUGGGGUUAUUCCCGUGGACUUUAAUCUAAGUAGGGCCAUGGAUUCAUGGACUUUACAGGGGGGCUAUCCCUUAGUUACCCUCAUUCGAGACUACAAAACUGGCAGACUAACUCUUAAUCAAACCAGAUUCUACCAGGGCAAGAAUAUUUCAGAGGAUUCACACUGCUGGUGGGUUCCCUUAACUUUUGUUAGACAAAAUCAUCCUGACUUUGAGCAAACUAAUCCACAGUUUUGGUUAGAGUGUCCUUCUGCUACAAAAGUUUUGCAGUUGCCUGACCUCCCAGCCGCUGAUAAAUGGAUUAUUCUUAAUCCCCAAGUUAGCACAAUUUUUAGAGUUAACUAUGAUGAACACAAUUGGGACCUAAUAAUAGAAAGUCUUUUGAAUGAUCACAAUCAUGGUGGUAUUCACAAACUAAAUAGAGCUCAGUUAGUAGACGAUCUAAUGGCGUUGGCCUCAGUAAAACUCCAGAAAUAUGACAAAGCCUUUGAUCUGCUGGAAUAUCUGAAAAAAGAGAAGGACUUUCUGCCUUGGCAGAGAGGUGUUGGAAUCUUAAAUCACUUUGGAGCUUUGUUGCGUGGUCAGGAGGCAAAGGAAUUUAAGAUCUAUAUGCAAAAGUUGAUUUUACCGCUGUACAGUCGCUUUCCAAAACUAGCCGCACUAUCAAGCCCCGCCAUCAAAGAUAUUCCCUUAUUGCAAUUCGUAUAUUCCCAAGCAUGUUGCUAUCACGUGGAUGAUUGCAUUAAUCAGGCCAAGAUAUUGAUCAUGUCAAAUUGGAAUCGGUCCCAGGUUGAGUUGCCCUCCCAUUUCCAGAAGAUUGCCUACUGUUCGUUUUUGGAAGAGGGCGGCGAGAUGGAGUUUCAGAAGAUAUUUAGCCUCUUUCAGAACACCACAAAUUCUGCUCAGAGGCGGAUAUUUGCAUCGGCCAUCGGCUGCAGUCGUAAUUUUAAACAUUUCGAGCAGUUUCUGGACUUUACUUUUAAAUCAGAGGAGAAACUUUUUAGCGAUUGUUAUAUGCUAGCAGUUACGACAGCCUUGAGUCGAGAAUAUAUGGUUACUCCCAUAGGAAACUAUAUUUUAAGCAAUGCAAAAAUCCUGGGUAAAAAGUUUAAGAAGAAAGAGCUCAAAGGACUAUUGGUCAGCUUGGCGGAAAAUCUUCAAAGUCCUGAGGAAUUGGAACAACUUAAUGUGCAUUUGAAGGAUCUCAAGGAGUACGAAGAACCUCUAAAAGAGGCCCUCAAACUGGGUGAAAUAAAUCAGAAAUGGCAUAAGGAUUGCUCCAGUGAUUUUAGUGAGGCUCUAAGGAAACGUAUAUAAUAUUUCACACUAAAAAUUAAAAUAAUUGGGAUUUUAUUGCCUUGUAUU